AUGGAUUGUCCGAUUUGCAAAUUACCUACUUUAGUAUUGGACGUCGAUUCUUGGAAAGACACAAGCGUUGUUUCCCCUUACUCACGGCCGCCGUUGAUCCGUCAAUGA